AGUGAAUGUGAUUUCGGUAUAAAAACGUUUGUGGCAACUGCAGUGAAGUCAAAGCACUUUUGACGAGCCUUCCAGCGCAGUUACCGCUAUUAAGUCGCGAAUUCGAAGUCAUGACGAUCACCCACGCCUCCUUCGCAGCCGUUGUUUUGGCCCUCUGCUGCCUUAGUUUCAUUCAGGCCCAGCCACAACGUGGACUUCCUCCACCACGAGGCAACUCCUUCGAUGCGAAUGCCGUGAUACUGAAGCAGAACUUCGAUCUGAAUCCCGAUGGCUCCUAUCAGUACAACUACGAGACAAGCAAUGGAAUCCGAGCUGAUGAGGCUGGCUAUUUGAAGAACCCGGGCAGCCAAAUUGAGGCUCAGGUAAUGCAGGGCUCUUACUCGUACACCGGACCCGAUGGCGUCGUCUACACCAUCACCUACAUUGCUGAUGAGAACGGAUACCGUGCCGAAGGUGCCCAUAUACCCACUCCACCGCCAGUUCGCGCCGCCGCCGCUCCCGGAAGAUUCUUCAAGUAAUCCGCAUCGUUUUCAAAUCAUGUUCUAAUUCUUCAUCGUUAUGCUCAAGUUGGCAAUCAUAUAUCGCGGCGGGUCAGUUUUACAAACUGGCCAAAAAGUGAACCAGAGAUAGACAGGAGAGAGAUAGAGCAGCUGCUCGUCGGAGUUCCAUUAUCCCAUCCACAAAAGAUUUCCGUUUAACCUCCUGUCCACCCACCCCCCAAAAAAUCAUCCUUCCCUUCGUGCUUCAUCUGUGCAUUUCUACAGCCAAUCCAAUUUCUAUUCUACAUUCUACAAUCUACAAUCUACACUCUACACUCUACACUCUACUUAGUGUCUAACGAACUGUGUGUGAGAUAAACAUUUGUAAAAUAUGUAAAUUCGAUUGUUAAAAUGUCGUACGGCAACGCAUGCUCAGCAAUAAAACAAAAAUUGCACAAAAAUCAA